AUGGGAGUUGCAAGUAGAUUCGCACAAAUUUUACGAAAUAUGGCGUGGAGAUCUCAUGGCUCAAGCAACAGUGAUCUUAUCGACCAACUUAAAGGUAUUAUGCAUUUUAAUGCCUUGUUCAAGGUAGAAUUUUUAACCCUAAAAAUCGCUCUGAUUUAGAUCAUGGCGUAUUGAAAAGUGCACGGGUCGAAGAAGCUCUCCGUCGAGUUGACAGAAAACAUUACUGCAGAUCACGCGCGUUUGAGGAUUCUCCACAGCCAAUAGGUAUGAAUGAUUGAAAGUGGACAUGUCUACUUCUCUUUUAACUGUUUUUUUUCUCAGUGCAAAUCGGAAGGUUAUAAUAUUAUUUUAUGCUAAAAGUCUACCUACUAUGGUCAUAAAAUGUAAGUACCAAAUAGAAAGACUUGCUUUUGAAUACUGUUUAUGUAUCCUCCAAAAAGCAGGAGGGGGAAGGAAGUGCCCUUCACCUCCUCUUCUGCUCCCACUUCUCCUGUACUCUUAAUAUGUUCCGUGGCCUGUACUCCCUCAUCUUACAGAGAACGACUACUGCAUGAGGAAGGUUUAUUCCACACCCUCCCCCCACCCCCCUACUCUGGAGUUGCCUGUCGGAAAGUUUAUAUAAUUAGAGUCCUAAAUGAGACAGCUAGCUGAAUAUCGGCAUUUAUGGUUUAAAAUAUUGCCUUUCCAUUCUAGACACCCCAUGUGAAACGAAAAGAUUUCAAAACAUUUCAAAGUGAGACAAUACGGUUUAACUACGUGAGCGAUAAGCGACAAGGACAACUUCGUAAACACUAAAAGCCAUGCAAAAGAGAAACCUCUGUUUGCAGGGUAAGUGAGAUGACAAGCAUCCCCAGCCCUUUCAUGAAAGAGUUUCUUCCCAAGUAUUUCUUGACACUCAUUUCACACAAAGGAAGACCACAAGUGCAAACCACAAGUGUUGCGAUGCACGUUGCCCUCGAUGUACUAUGUGGUAGUCCCAGGGGGGAAUCCUUGGUUAAAGCAACAGGGAUGCUCAUCAUCUUGCCUAGAGGUAGAAAUUGCUUAUUUUCCAAUGAGCAUGUCUAUUACUUUCUCAUAAAAUAAUGACCAAAGGAAAAAUGUUUUGAUCUUUUAGCAAAUUCUCCCAACUGAUUCAGUAAGGAAAUGUAUAGAGAUCAGUUGGGAGAAUUUAUAUGCAGAUAUUGGGGCCUAAAGGGUUAAGUACACAUAAAGCUGUGCAGGCUGCACACAUGUACUUUGACUUUAUUAUCACAAAUGAAAAUAAUAAAUAUUAUUAUUAGUUGAGAUUAUUGUUCUUUUCUUUUUCAAAAGGUUUCCAAGCAACAAUAAGUGCGCCACACAUGGUGAGUAGUAAAAAUUAUUUCAAUUUGUGGUUGAUAGCGAUUUUGGUAUAAACAUAAUCAAUUUGCUAAUGUGUUGACUUGAACUUGGUUGGCAGUCCAGCUGGGGUGUUAUGAGGAGGAAGUGAAUUUCGGACUCCUGGAUUAUGACAUUGAUGUGCUGACCACUUGAAAAUGCUUCCUCCUAUUUAAUUCACGUUCUGGUGGAGUCAGAGUUGGAGUCAUAAGAGCACUUAUGACAGUGUGAUUAUAUAAAAUGAGAGGCGUAAGUGCAAUGGAAUCAGAGUUGGAAGAAUCGUAGCAUUUCCAUUUUUCUUCUGACUUUGCUCAUGACUCUAGCGCUUAUGAUAUAGUGAAAUCCAGAUUAUCAGCGUCACAAGCAUAAACAGAACAGUAAACCAAUCACAAUGCUGUUUUCCACAUGUUAUGAUUAGAAAAGCGACAUGAGUAGAAUUGAAAUGUUGUUUCCUCUUUAUCAAAGUGUUCUAUGCUUCUGAUAACAACUGACUCUGACUCCCUUACCCCUUUAAGCCUCAGCAUCAACAUGCAUCUUCACACUGUUAUUCGUACAUUUCGUACAUGGUACUGCUUGGGAGAAUCUGUUCAAACGUCUAUACAUUUCUGAAUCAUCUUUGGUGUUCAUUUCAUUCCUUCUUAUGAUCUGUAUCUUUGAUCGGGCACUGUCAUUGUUGGAAGAAAUUGGAUGUGGGUCACUAUUGGAGCUUAAAAGGUUACUAGUGAAAAACAUGGUCACAUUUUAUUGUUAGCCAUUUUGACUUACCAUAUACGUUUCAACCUUCAGCAUGUGUACGCACUGCAGCAGCUUGAAAACCACCUCAAAGAAGGAGCUUGUGCCCUUGAUGUUGGUUCUGGCAGUGGAUACCUUACUGCCGCUAUGGCUUAUAUGGUAAUUGGGAGCAACCUUUGCCUUGGUUCAGCUUCAGUUUUGCACUUAUUUACGUCAUUUCUUUUAUUUAAAUACUGCAUUGUAUAUUAUUUUGAUAGAACUAUGUUUGGCUCUAGGUUGGCGAAACAGGAAAAGUUUAUGGCAUUGAUCACAUUGAUCAGCUAGUGAAAGACUCCAUUGCAAAUAUCAAAAAAGGAAACCCUGAUCUCUUAGCUAAAGAAAGAGUAAAACUUAUAUGUAAGUAUUUAGAAGUGAAUAUGGACAACUUACUUGCGGAGAAACCAGUGCCAUGCAAGCUUUUUUUUAUACCUGUGGCAUUGUGCCAUGCAUGAACAUGUUUAACCCUUUAAGCCCUAAGAGUGGUCAGUAUCAAAUUUCUCCUUGUAAUGUCAAUGCUUUGUAAAAAAGAGUGGUCAUGAGAAUUACAGACAUGAUCACACACAAUGAAUUUGCUUGAUAUUUUAUCAACUUCUCCCCACUACUUCUGUAGGAAAUGAAUAGAGGCAACAAACGAGAAUUCAAACUUUGAUCUUAGGGUUUAAAGGGUUAAAGGAGUGUGUCACAAAACCCUCUUUACCCACCAUGGUUUAUUAAAGAGCUUUAGAUUCUGAGAUGAGAAUGAUUAUGAGAACAAGAUUUUCUCAAUGCUGAGUGUAGCUCACAUGUCGACCAGCAUCAUUUUGGCAGGAAAACGUGAUAGCUGUCAUCAUUCUAGUUUGAGUUUUAACGGGAAUGUUGUAGUGGUGGAAACGAGUUAUCAACAUAACAGUGCUAACUUUUCUGGUGAAUCAAAUGUACAAUGAAGCUUUAAAUCGGGGUAUCUAUUUUUUUGAGAAUACACAAAAAAACUUUAAGUCAAAUCUAGUACUCAUAGUAGUUCUCGUCCUCAAAUCUAAAGCUCUCUAUUUUCCUUUGGCAUGAACAAAUCUAGCGCUAAAGUUUUUGUUCUUGCCACCUUAGAUUAUUCCUUACAAGAACUUGUGCUUAGUUUCAAUCUGCAGUAAAUGACACACAUGUAAUUUUGCAUGAGGUGGCAGAUAUAGAAGAGCAGUAUAAGGAGUUUGGCAGCUUAAAAAAAUCAUCAACAGAACAGGAUUAAAAAUAAUUUUUUUUUCCUUAUCCAGUCCUUAUUUUUACCAUAGGUGGUGACGGCAGAAGAGGAUAUGAACCAGGACAACCGUAUGAUGCAAUUCAUGUUGGUGCUGCAGCUGCAGACCUGCCUCAAGCUGUAAGGGAGAAAUCUACUUAGAUUUCUAACCUGGCUCCUGAUUUGAUCAGGAGUUUCCUAUUUUCAUUUGCCGCCUCCCUGUCUUUGGAUCAGGGCUCUGCUCUUGCAUCCCCCAAUGCCCCCUGACACCUUAAUUUUGCUCUUUGGUGACUAGGAAAUUGUACACUGCAAAACAGUUUGUAUUUUUGCGUAUUUAAGUAUGCACAAACAGUCAAACAAAAGGUCUGGAGCAAGGCUGAAACUGGAGAGCAAGACUGGAGAGAGUAAAUGCCCUAGGGGCAUGUGAGGUUUGUGCACUUUGCACAUGUGACACUCUUACACUAGUUGUAUGCUACACUGAACCAACUGUUUUGCAGUCUAAGGAAAUUGUAGUUUUUGUGUAAGAAUCAUAUGCUGGCACCCUGUUCUCACAGGUUCAGAGCAUCAGGCUCCCUUCAAUUUUUCUUAGAGCACAGCCUACCAGACUUAAAGAACACUUCACAAUUUUUGAUGAAAGUAGGAUAAGAAAAUAAAAAAGAAAAAACAGAAUUUGCUUUUUUAGCAGCAAUUGGAAAAGCCAAAAAUAUAAAAAGCCACAUCAGAAAUUGUGCAAAAUCAUUUUAAAAUUAUAAAUUGUAAUUUGUUUUUGUAAAUUGUAAUUUGUUUACCCGAGGAGCACUAAGGAGUUCAUAAGAACUCGUUGAAAUUUGUCCGUGCAUUCCAGAUCGAAUUGGAAUUUGAAAGUGUUGGUUUUUAAGGAGAGGGGAAAACCGGAGUACCCGGAGAAAAACCUCUCAGAGCAAGGGAGAGAACUAACAACAAACUCAACCCACAUAUGGCGUCAACGCCAGGAUCCGAACCUAGACCACAUUGGUGGGACGCGAGUGCUCUCACCACUGCGCCAUUCUUGCUCCCCUUGCUAAACACCAAAAUUAAUCAUUAAGCGACAGUUCUGCAGAAUCUGAAAAAUGCAGCGAGUGGAACAGGCCUCCUUAACUGGGUUCAGUUGUAAAUGUACCAUAUUCUCGACAAUUUCCUGUGAAGAAACUCAUAAAAGUUAUCUUUAUUUUUCCUGAAGCUUCUUGAACAGCUGAAACCUGGUGGUCGACUGAUUUGUCCUGUGGGUCCAGAGGGUAGAAACCAAGUUCUGGAACAACAUGAUAAGCUAGAAGAUGGACAGAUUGUAAAGAAACACCUAAUGGGAGUGAUCUAUGUACCCCUCUGUGACAAAAAACAUCAGUGGCCAGGUUGUAAGUUAACUGGACCUUUUUCUUGCUAUUUAAGAAUUCCAAUUGUCACAUAUAAUACUAAAAUGCAAAUAGUUAUAAAUAACAGCUUAGCAACUUCUUGUACACUCAUUGGUCUGGAGCUACAUUUAACUCUCUUUUAACGAACACCUCUUUAAAAUGGACACAUCACUAAGACACACACCUAGAGUUAUUCCCUGCCUAAGUUCCAUACUCCUUUAAGUUGACUCUCUUUAAGAUGGACAUCUCUCUAACAUGGAAGCACAGUGCCAGUCACAAAGGUGUCCAUCUUAGAGGGAGAUGACUGCAUUGUCUUUGAGAGUAUAGAUGAUACAAUUUGUUGUUCUCUAUCUUCUGCACCUGAUUUUCCAAGCAGCUUUGCAAGAACUACAAUGUGAAUGUGAAUAGUAUCCAUGUUGUAAUUUUUAAAAAUCAAAUACAACAAAUUUUUCAUGAACAGUGUCCAGAUUUAGAUGUUUACAGGGGCAACAAUAAUUUUUCUUUAUAGUCUGUGCCCUUAGAAUAAAUUAUUGAUAUCAAGAUGGUGGUGAUGACGAUGAUGAUGGUGAUAAAGAUCAUGAUGAUAAUAUUAACAAUAAUGAUUAUGACGAGGUGGUGAUGAUUUUGAUUAUGAUGAUGAUAGACUUCCUAAAAAUUGCAGUUAAUACUCGAUUUAAUUUUUUGUAGAGUUUUGACAACCUUUGAAAAGCCUUGUAUUUGGAAAGAAGAACAAGCCAGCCCUUUUCCCUUCUGCACCAGUGAUCUUUUGCACUUAUUUAAAUUUUUAGUCUGACCUCAGAUACCAAAAGGACAGUAAAUUAAUAGUACAUAAUAUUUUUAUCCAAGCUUAUUAGCAAAUGACAGUUUCUCUUGUUUAUGGAUGUGGUCUUUAUUUCAGUGACAUUGUUAAUGUCACUUCCUAGAGUGAUCUUUGCAACUCCAUGGAAUUUAUGGACGUUUAAAAAACAACCAGUUUAAGAUAAAACUUGAAAUGAAGUUUAAUUUAAAUGUAUUGUAUUUGAUAGGAAACAUCUACUCGUGUUAUAGUUCGUGUGUGCAAGCGCAUACUAGACUUUACACAAUUUAUGAGUAAAAGAUAUUUGCUGAGACUCAAAUGAACUCGAAUAGUUGUAAAAUUUAAGA